UACAUAGGAUUCUAUUCUAGGUGAAUAAACAGCUGUUCUCAAAAUGUCCGCAGUUAUCAGAACAGCGAGAAGGACUUUUCAUCCUGUCUUCCAGUGGUCAGGAUGCAAUUAUAUCCCUCGGAAUAUUUUUCCUCGAGUCUUCUUUCUCACACAGGGAGAAGAUUUUGGACUACCUUUUAACCCUGCUACGAGGAAUGGCUACGGCAGUAUUUCCAGACGAGAUUUCUGUCUUCAAAUCCCACAAAAUACCUCCGGCGGAGACGUUCUCGUUCUGUUUUAACACUUUACUGAACGAUAUUGCUGCAUCUAAUCCGGAUAUAGCAGAUAGGAUUAUAGAUACACAGGUUGAGUUGAUGACGUCUAUAAUGAGUACUCUACAGGAGAUGAAAAAACAUGUAACGCCUUUCCCCUUCAAUACAAGGAAGACGAUAUGUAAAAGCUUGGUGCCCGUUCUGCUCGGCUUAGCUAGAGCAAUGGCUAGGUUUCCCCAGCCUUACACUACCAUGAAGUCUGAGGUUAAACGAGACUUGAAACGAACCUGCUUCUCAAAUUUCAGGUCAAUUAUCCCGAGGUCGCUGUCCUCGACGUUCCAGGCUGGGACUGGCCUCAUCCAGUCCCAGUCCUCGGACUCCGUGGUGGACCUCAGCUUUAGACCUAGCCUCCGCUCCGACCUUAUGUGUCAUCAGAUAAUCCUGAAAUGCCUGGCUAAAGACCAGUUGGAGUUCCUGGACGGAUUGUCCUUGGAUAUAUUUGUAUCCAACUCUAUCAAGAUAUUCCCCUACAAGUCCUUCAGUGGGACCCUGAACCUUGUCCUCAUUGCUCUUCUCAGAGAACUACUGCAGACACAGACAGGUCUAGCUGGUUGUUUCCUAAAAGAGGUGCAGGAGUAUAUUAAAACUAUUUUUGCUUCUGGAAGCCUGGAUUUAAACACGAAGCAACAUGAAGUGGGAGAUGACACUGGGGAGAAGGUGGUGGCUGUGAACAGGUUCAAGCUGAACGUGCAGACUAACGCCAGCUGUGUAGACAUCCUAGUCUGGGCGGCCAGGGAGGAGAACGUUGCUGAUAGUCUGGUGCAGAGAUUGACUGAUCGUAUUUUAUAUCCUCGUCACGGGAACAGUUCAAGGACAAUUCUAGCACACCUUCCCUUACUUCUGGUUUGCCUUGAUGGACUGGGAAAUUUGGCGGAAGAGCAUCCGGUUCUAGCCGCCUCGGCGAUAUCAUGUCUCAGGGAUUUCCUUGUAAACCCGAGUGAUAUUCUGGUAGAGCUGAACGACAAGGGGAGAGGAAACCAUAACAAACCCGGGAUCAUGCUCACAGUAACUAACAGUGAAGACCAAGAUGUUCUGGACUCUACAAGGGAUCUCAAGGGGAACUCUGCUGUUGUAACAGCAUUCGAGAAACUUAGAGAUACAGCCAUAGAUAAUAUUUGUAAAGCGCUGCGGGCAGGAAUUAAAACAGAUCCUGACUCGGUCAAAGCAUUUAUUGCCUCUGUUUCGAACAGGUACAAAGUUUACCUUUUAUUGGGAAACAAAAUAUGCACGCUCUCGAUUUAUCAAGAUGAUGCCAACAACUCUUUUACAAGCAAAAAAACUGAGAAUGAGGACAAAGUAUAUGAAGAUGUAAUGAAGCUGUUCAGCGAAACUACAGUUGAAGCAUCUCAUGCAGUUUAUGGACAGCAUGGAGACAGUAGAAGACAGGAGUACAGUCAUGUGUCUGGAUCAGUUAUUAACGCACUCGCCAAUAUAGCGGCGAAUAUGAUUGACAAUACCGAAAACGAGGCCCGGAUGGCUGAUCUACUGGUGAAGCUGCUGGAGCUGUUUGUCAACCUGGGGUUGGAGGGUAAAAGAGCUUUAGACAAAACACAAAGCCAUAUGAAAGCAAACAGCUGUGCAGGUAGAUUGAAGAAACUGUUCUCUGAUUUCUGGCAGUAUUGUGUUGUUAUGGGGUUUACUAGUGAAGAGUCUGGGGUCUGGCCACAGGACUGGUAUGAUGGGGUGAAAGAGAUCUCGAUUAAAUCUCCGAAACUUACAUUCAACUCAGCUCAGAGAUCUGAUCUCAGACUAAUAUCAUUCACAUCUGCAAUAGCUCAGGACGGAGUGAGCUUGAAUGAGCUUCAUGAGCUGAAGAAUCAGCUGUUGACCCAACUGGAGCCUCCGCCUAAUAUUGUAACUCUACUGAAGCAAUAUCAGUUUCCUAUACUGGUAUACCUCAAAUCAGUGUUCUGGCUCGAGUAUCUCAGGAUUCACAGCAGCAAGAAGGCGACAUUCCAUAUUCUCUUCGACUACCUGGAGGAUAAAGCAAUUCAGAAGGAUAAGACGGGUGUGUAUGACUGUAUCUGUUCAAUUGUGGAGAAACUUUUCAAGGAAUUUCUGGCUGUUAUGGCGGGUCAACCUAAAUCUGCAGCUCGCGAACUAGAUUUGGAAAAUCAUGCAGAAAUCCUUCUCAUUCAUUUCAACAAUCCGAACAAAGCAAUCCAGAGGUUGGCAGAUAAGUUUCUGUCUAACAUGGUUGAUCAAUUCCCUCAUAUUCUCUGGUCCAGACGUGUUCUGUACUCUAUGUUGGACAAGGUAGUAUUAUGUCUGAUUCACAAUGGAUUUGAAAUGACAUAUCAAAGCUAUAAGCAAGUUGGUCACAAUACGGGGCAGUCCAUUAUGCUGAAAGAUACCCAGGCAGAAAGGGAGCAGAUGGUCAAAGACUUUGCUAACAGGUGCAAGGCUAUUAUAGAAGAGGCCGUGAAGUGGGCUCCUGAUACUAUGCGCUCCCACCUCAAGGAGUAUAUAAAUAACAAGGGGGAUGAGGGUACAGGAUCCCACGCUGGUCUGUCUCUAGCUACUGAAUGUGUUCAUAGCUUUGCAUCUCUUAAUUCACUUUCUGAUAGCUUACCUUCAACAUACCAGACAUCCAGACCAACUUGUGUAAAGAAUGACACGAGCAGUUUCUUUUCCAGUCUUUCACAAAGGAAAGCAUUUAGUGGCAGGGUAACCGGUAUGCUGGAUUUAUCAGACGAUUCUGAUGUUGGUUCACAGGGCUGGGAACCUCUCAUGGAGAAACUUAUAAAGAAUGUGGAUUCUGCAGCGCAGGCUGUUCAUGCCGCGCAGGAGACUGAGGAGAAGUUUCCUAAGCUCCUAGAGAAAUUCCACGACGCGAUAUGGAAAAUUGCAGGACUCAUUGUAGCACUUCAGGGGGACAAGGGCGUAAAGCCCCCUAGAAAACUGUUCUUUACACUGGCCUACGCCCCUGUUAAACUCUUCAGAGCUGAUGUAAUGGUUGAUAUUGUUGAAUGCUGGCACUGGGUUCUCUCUGCUUGCUCUCAACAUGAACUAGUUUUUCUCCAGGAUCUAGGCGAUCCCCUCGCCCCCACAGAAGGAAUGCAGUUGGCCCCCCGCCCCCCAUGUACAGUUCCUCAUGAUAUCUGGAUAAAGUUCCUGCAUGAGAGAAUAGAGGUAGCUAAGUACUGUUCCCAAGAUCAAGUUGAGAUGUACACAGACCUUCUUCAACGGACAUUCGAUAUACAGGUUGGGAGUUCUAGUGGAGCUAUGUCUAGACACGUUAGUGCUGCUGGAACUAGAUUCAGAUUGUUGAAUUGUGGAAUGUCUCUUCUGCAGGGUGAAGUACUACCCAAGUCCCUGGCCAAGCACGUUCUUCGGCAGAGAAUAUAUUCAUGCUCCCUGGACUUCUUCUGUACAGAGAAAAUGUAUCCGGUGAGGUCAGGCCAACCUCUGAAGGAAGAUGUUCAUGUUCUUCUCAAGUUCUGGAGUUUGAUGCUCUCGGACCGGAAGUACAUCAAGACCCAGGUGGUCGGAGAUAUUGAGAGUAUCGUGGGGGAUACCGGUCCUGGCAAUUCUUAUGCAGAUGUGGCAAGAGGAGUAGGGACCCUGAACAAGAGAAGUGUAAGUAGGAAUCAGAAGAUGUCCAGUAAUCGUGAGAACUUGGUGAAGGAUUACAGCAAGAAGCGUUGGCUCAUUCUCUCAUUACUGGCUGUAGAGAUAGAUAUGAUGGUGACCUGGCUCUCCCCUCUAGACCUAGAAACUCCUGCAGGGGCUGGGGUUCAAGUAGGGAAGGAGGAAGCUAAGCAACUAGCUGAUGCAGCAAAAUGGCGCGAGGAUAUGCAGAAUCGAACCAGAACUAAUCCUAUAUUUAUAUUCAGCAAAAUGGCGCGAGGAUAUGUGUGUCAGCUAACCAGGACUUACCCCACCAAGGUCUGCCAUAUCCCUCAGGCACUGGCAUUCUUCCUCUCAGAAGAACAGGUUGAACGGGAUGGCCCUGAAUUGCCUCAUCUUCUCACCUGGGCGCGCUGCUCUCCACUUAGAGCUCUGUCCCUGUUCUGUAAACGGACUCUACCAAUCCACCCUCUGACUGCGCAGUAUGCUACAAGAGUGUUGAACUCCUACCCUGCCGAGGCUGUCCUCUUCUAUAUACCCCAGCUAGUCCAGGCGGUCAGAUACGAUGAUCUAGGUUAUGUACAAGAGUUUAUCAAGUCUAUCUCUCAAAGAUCCAACCUAGUGGCGCAUCAAAUUAUCUGGAAUAUGGAGGCCAACAUGUAUACAGAUGAAGAGGGUAUAGAGAAGGACCCCGUAAUGUAUGAUAAACUGCUACCAGUACGGAAAAGUAUCGAAGAACUAUUGAGCCCUGCGGCCAAAAAUUUCUAUCUUAGAGAGUUUGAGUUCUUCAAGGAGAUCACUGAUAUAUCUGGGAAGAUCAAGGGGUUUGAGAAAGGAAAGAAGAGAAAGGAUGCUUGUCUUGCUGCACUCGCGGAGAUCAAAUUAGAGAAAGGUUGCUAUCUCCCCUCUAACCCUGAAGCUCUAGUACUGGAUAUUGACCGAACAAGUGGUCAGCCUAUGCAGAGUGCUGCUAAAGCUCCAUACCUGGCCAGAUUUAAGGUGAAGAAAUGCGGGAUAUCAGAUUUAGAAAAGUUUGGUUUGGAGUAUGCAGCCACGUCACCAGUAUCCCCAGGGCAGAAAAGUGGUAAAAGCGGUGGUAGUGGGGAGGAGAGAGAUACAUACUGGCAAGCUGCUAUAUUUAAGGUUGGAGAUGAUUGUAGACAAGAUAUCCUCGCUCUGCAGGUCAUCUCACUCUUCAAGGAUGUAUUUGCGCAGAGUGGGUUGGACCUCUACCUUUUCCCCUAUAAAGUAGUUGCUACUAAACCUGGCUGCGGAGUUAUUGAAUGUGUUCCUGAUGCUAAAUCACGUGACCAGCUGGGCCGGAGGACGGAUACUGAUCUAUUUAAUUAUUUCAAGAAGAAGUAUGGAGACGAGACCAGCACCAGCUUUAAGACGGCACGAAGGAAUUUUAUCACCUCUAUGGCUGCCUACUCUGUCAUGGGAUUUAUUCUUCAAAUAAAGGAUCGACAUAAUGGAAACAUAAUGGUGGACGAAGACGGGCAUAUUAUUCAUAUAGAUUUUGGAUUUAUGUUUGAAAGUUCUCCUGGAGGUAACAUGGCGUUUGAACCAGAUAUGAAGCUUACAACAGAAUUUGUAGAAAUCAUGGGGGGCAAGAUGGAGGCCCAACCUUUUAGAUGGUUCAUGGAGUUGUGUGUGAAAGCUUACCUUGUUAUCCGCCCAUAUACAAACUCCUUGAUCUACCUGGUGCAGUUGAUGCUGGAUACUGGACUACCUUGCUUCAGGGGACAGACUAUAGAACUACUCAGGCAGCGUCUACAACCAGCAGCUUCGGAGAGGGAAGCAGCUUUAUUUAUGAUCGGAGUGAUCCAGAGAAGCUUCCUUAAUUUCAGAACAAGAGCUUACGAUAUGCUUCAAUAUCAUCAGAACCAAAUUCCAUAUUGAUUUUUCAGUCACAAUUUUACUGUUAUUUCGAGUAUUUAAACUAUGUGUAUUAUUCAGCUUGAUUAAAAUCUAAUUUGUAGACCGGGGUAUUUCGUUUUUUUCUCAUUUGUUUUUCUUUUAAAGAAUAGUAGAAAAUUCAGCUUUUGAAAUUGUCAAUUUAUAUAUAUCUAUUUAAAUCAUUGUAUCCAGUUCCACUCACCCAAUAUCAUUUCUUCAAUCAAAAACAAUUGGUGUGCAUAUUUUGUCUUAAAAAUAAAAUUAUGUAAUUGAAAAAAAAAACAGAAUUGUUUUAAUUUUAACCAAAUGUGUCAGCGUGUCAAUUUCUUGUUCAAAAUUAAACAUUAAAUCCUCUCAAUCCGAAAUUAUUUGCGUUAAAUGUUGAAAUAGUUUACAUUCCUGCAUUUUCCUUUGUCUUUCUACAUCACUACCUUUCUUCCUACCACUUUUUACCUUUUUUCUACAUCACUACCUUUCCUCCUAGCACUUUUUACCUUUUUUUUCUACAUUACUACCUUUCUUUCUACCACCUUUUACCUUUUUUUCUUCAUCACUACCUUUCUUUCUACCACUUUUUACAUUUUUUUCUACAUUACAACCUUUCUUUCUACCACCUUUUACCUUUUUUUCUUUGUUCUUCUGCUCUCUUGUAGCUUUCUUUAUCAUUUUUCUAUUUUCCCAUAUUUCCUCACUCAUUUUUAUUAGAAUACCUCAGGGUUUAAAUUUAUAAAAUAUGAUUUGUAAAAUUUAGAUUGUAAAUUGAUGUUAUUUAUUAGCGUAUAAAAAUUACAAAUGUAUUCUUAAAUGGACUGUUAGAUUUAUUUCCCUUUUUGUUAUCUCUGUGGUUUUCCAUAAAUUUUAUUUGCGGAUUCAGGCUGCAGAGACGAUGAAAGAAAUUGAUAAAAUAAAGCUACAAAAACGCAGAUAGCUGUUACCCUUGUGAAUCGGAAAUUCGUAAUAGCGUCCGUUUAAGAACUCUGCAUUUAUUUGGAAAAUUGUAAGUAUUUAUUUUUCUUGUUACGAGCUUCAAGAAUAAACGUUUAAUUAUUA